AUGCAUUGCACAUCUUCUCACCAACCUCCAAGCUCAUCCAGUCACACGUCCAACGACAACAACGACCGUGAAGUCGCCCCCUUCCUGCGGACUCUGCGGACGAUCUUGACCUAUGAAAGCGAUGACAUCAUUCGAUGGACACCCGAUGGCCUGGCGUUCGAGGUCAUCGACAUGGAGGCGCUGACGUCCGCCGUCCUGCCGCAUUACUUCAAGCACAACAAAUACUCGAGUUUCCAGCGCCAGCUCAACUACUUCCACUUUUUGAAAGGGCCCCAGGGGAACUGCUACAUUGUGUUCCGCCCAAAGCCGUACAUGGCGCCCCACACGACCCCCCACACCUCAGGGGACAGACUCCAAUUGUAA